CCGGGCUUCGCGGUGCCGUAGCUGAGAAAGAUCGAACCCACAAGACCCACCAUUUUCUUGAAACGAAGCUCACAUUGUGAGAAGAGUGGGACGCACCCUUCAUUUGCGUUCUCUCUCUCUCUCUCUCUAUCUCUAACCAAGCAUCAUGCUCUCUCUGCUCCUCUCUCUCCUCUUCUCCCUCUCCUUCGUCCACCGCCAUCCCCAUGUCCGCUCGUCGCCCCUCUCGGAGCUCGAUGCUCUCAUGGCCCUCAAGGCCUCCCUGGACCCGGACGGCCAGGUCCUGACGUCGUGGGCCCGGGGCUCCGACCCGUGCGCCGGCGGGUCCUUCGACGGGGUGGCGUGCGACGGGCGCGGCCGCGUCGCGAACAUAUCGCUGCAGGGGAAGGGCCUGAGCGGGAGGAUCCCGCCCGAGAUCGGCGGGCUCGAGAGCCUGAGCGGGCUGUACCUGCACUUCAACGCCCUGGGCGGGGAGAUACCCAAGGAGAUUGGGGGUCUGAGGAUGCUGACCGACUUGUACUUGGACGUCAAUGGCUUCUCUGGGGAGAUUCCUCCUGAUAUUGCCAACUUGACUAAUCUUCAAGUUUUGCAGCUGUGUUACAACCGGUUCUCCGGAAGCAUUCCUCGACAGCUAGGGUCCCUGCAGAAGCUGAGCGUCCUCGCCUUGCAAUAUAAUCUCCUCACCGGCGCGAUCCCCGCGAGCUUGGGGGACUUGGCGAGCCUAAAGAGGUUGGACCUGAGCUACAACUCUUUCUUCGGCUCAAUCCCGGCAAGAUUGGCCAAUGCUUCUAAUCUCGAAGUCCUGGACGUGCGCAACAAUACCCUAUCGGGCUUUGUCCCUACAGGCUUGAAGAGGCUCGAUGAUGGUUUCCAAUAUGAAAACAACCCUGACCUUUGUGGAGUCGGUUUCCCCAACCUGCGACCCUGUCCGACGGUUUACCUGGACCGGCCAGAGCCACUUGGACCCGAUGCUCUUUCGAAGAAGGAUAUUCCCGAGUCGGCUGAUUUGAAGUCUAGCUGCGGGAAAGCCCACUGUCCGAACAGAUUAAGUGGCCGAAAAGCCAGUGUUGUGUUAGGGGUGGUUGCUGUCAUAGCUGUUAUCGGGUUCACGGUCACUGGAUUUCUCACCUUCUCAUGGCACCAACGUAGAAAACAGAGAACUUCAAGCUCUUUAGACGUUUCGGAUAAGCCGGUCAGUACCGAUCAAGUCAUUGAGAAUUAUGCGAAGAGCGCCUCUCCUCUCAUCAGUCUCGAGUACUCGAACGGGUGGGACCCGCUGGCCAAUGGCGGGGGAGGGAGCGCCUUCUCCCAGGAGGUUUUCGAGAGCUUCAUGUUCAACUUGGAGGACGUGGAGCGCGCGACCCAGUCUUUCCUGGAGAGCAAUUUGUUGGAGAAGACCAGCUUCUCUUCUGUUCACAGGGGAAUUCUCAGGGACGGGUCAGCUGUCACGGUAAAGCGCUAUGCCAAGAUGAGCUGCAAGUCCGACGAGGCUGAAGUCCUCAAGGGCUUGAAGCUCCUAACCAAAAUAAAGCACGAAAAGCUCGUCAGGCUAAGGGGAUUUUGCUGCUCGAAAGGGCGAGGCGAGUGCUUCCUGAUCUAUGAGUUUGUGCCAAACGGGAAUUUGCUGCAGUAUCUUGACACGAAGCCUGGAAGCGGGAAGGUUCUCGAAUGGCCUACCCGAGUUGCUAUCAUAGUUGGCGUCGCUCAAGGUAUCAGCUACAUCCAUGAAGAUAAAGGAGACAAACCCAGGCUAGUCCACCAGUCAAUAUCGGCCGAGAAAGUUCUCAUCGAUCACUGGAACAACCCGCUGCUGUCGGACUCGGGUCUGCACCACCUCCUCGCAGACGAUGUAGUCUUCGCCAUGCUCAAGGCCAGCGCUGCCAUGGGCUACCUCGCUCCGGAGUACACAAGCACUGGCUACUUCACCGAGAAAAGCGACGUGUACGCCUUUGGUGUUCUGGUGCUCCAGAUCCUGUCGGGGAAGGCUGUGAUCACUCCAGCGAUCCGGCACGGAGUGGAAGCAUGUUGUUUUGAGGAAUUUGUCGAUGAGAACCUUGAAGGGAACUUCACGGAGACCGAGGCGACCCAACUCGCUUGGAUUGCUCUUCUUUGCACCCGGGACUCUCCUACCGACAGGCCAUCGAUGAGAACUGUGGUGCAGGAACUUAAUACUCUGAUUGGCAUUUCUUGACAGUUGCACUAUCACUUGUUACCGCGAUUUUCAGUCGCCGAGAGGCGAGACUAUGACAAUUCCAAUUAACUGCUGGGUUAAUCACGGAA